CGUGGGGCCAGGGCGUGGGCGGGGCGCAGCUACGGGCGCGAAACAUGGCGGAGCAGGGUUCCGUCGGCGGCGGCGGCGGCGACUACUAUGAGGACAAGGGCGACCACAGCGUUUUCCAGGCGGCUGUGGAGGUGUUCGGGAAGCUGAAGGUGCCGCGGACCCAGGAAGCCACCUCGGGCAGGAGGCCGGGCAGGGCCCUGCCUGAGGACCUAAACUGUCCCUUCCUAGAGGGUCUGUAUAUCACAGAACCAAAGACGAUUCAGGAACUGCUGUGUAGCCCCUCAAAGUACCGCUUGGAGAUUCUGGAGUGGAUGUGUAUACGUCUGCAUCUGGAACCUGUUCUGCCCCCGGGAUCACUCUUAAGACAAAAUACUUAUGAGUGGCCCCUGUCACAUGUGUUGGUGUGCUGCUGUCAAGGCAGGGCUGCACCAUGCCAAGGGGUUUGUCCCACCUCGCAGGACAAGUUCAGCUUACUAAAGGGAGCCCCAGCAGAGGUGAAGAUCCAAGAGAUGGUGAAACUAGGCCACGAGCUGAUGCUGUGCACGCCAGACGACCAGGAGCUCCUGAAGGGCUGUGCCUGUGCCCAGAAGCAGCUGCACUUCAUGGACCAGUUGCUAGAUGCAGUCCAGAGCCUGACCAUUGGAUACUCCAAUUGCUCAAGGCUGAAAGAGCACUUCAAGGACACCACGGAGAAGAAUGAGGCAUUGCUGGAGGAGCUCUUCUCUAGCCCCCACCUGCAGGCGCUCCUGAACCCCAAGUGUGACCCACAGCACCUGGACAUGCAGUCCCUCCUCGACAAGCAGAGUGACGACUGGCAGCGGGACAGCCCCUCUGCCAAGUCUGAGGAGGAGAAGGUGACGGAGCUGGCCAGGCAGCUACAGGAGAGCACUGCCAAGCUGCAGGCGCUCAGAGUGGAGUGCUUUGCGCAGCACAAGCAAGGGGCCACUGUGGGUGGAGCCGACACCAGCACCCUGGACCAGAAGCUGCGCCUGGUCAUCUCUGACUUCCACCAGCUCAUCUUGGCUUUCCUCCAAGUCUACGACAAUGAGCUGGGUGAGUGCUGCCAGCGCCCAGGCCCCAACCUCCACCUGUGCGGCCCCAUCGUCCAGGCCGUGUACCAGUCUCUGACUUCCUGCAGCCAACUAUUAAAAGCAGUUGUGAAGGUUGCUGACACCUCUGUGAAAGCAGUGGAGACAGUGAGGAAGCAGCAGGGCGAGCAGAUCUGCUGGGGCAGUGACAACUCUGUGAUGAGUCUAGCCACCAAAAUAGAUGAACUAACUCAGAAAUAUAAGGUCUUCAACGACAGCCUGCACAAGGGCGUAGGCUAGCGCGGGAGCAGGAAGCCGUCCCUGAGCCCAGGGCGGCUGGCUGGGCAGAGCCAAGUGGAGAAGCUGAGCGGCCGAGCUAUUCUCUGGGCAGGGCCCAAGGUGCCCUGGGAGGGAGGGAAGGUCGUGGGGCUGGGCAGAGGGGUUCGAACUGGGCACAAAGGAAACCUCAGGCUCUAA